GGGAGCAUGGCCGCCCUGGCCCGGCUUCAGGAGAGGCUAUCGGCACUCCGGGAGGAGUAUUUCCUUACGAACAGAGCUAUAGAUGAAGAGAGAAUAAGAAAGUAUAAAGCUGCUCUCAAGAUCCAGAGCUGGUUUCGAGGAUGCAGGGUCCGAGUCUACCUAAGGUAUCUAAACAAAAUGGCCAUUUUGAUGCAGAAGUGUUGGAGAGGUUAUCUAAGAAGAAAAUACUUCAGAGAAACAGUGGAGACAGCAUAUGUUAUUAAGAAGAUGAAUUUCUACAAUGAAAUGGCUGUCAGGAUCCAGAAAAGGUGGCGAGGCUAUUAUGUUCGGAAGUAUAUCCAUGAUUUUUAUACAUUGAAGAAAUAUCUGAAUGGCGUUUCUCUGAAUAACAUACUUGUCAGGGGUGAACUUAAAGAGUAUGCAGAUAUGAAGGAAAAGGAAGAGGAAAUGGAAGCCCUAGAAAAGAAAGAAAAGGAAAAGAAUUACCAAGCCCGAAAGACACAUUACCUCCUUAGCACUGCGCAGAUUCCAGGCAUCUACAAUUCACCACGCAGAAUAUCCCCAGAUCCCAUGGAACUGCUGCUACGGAAGUCAAAGCCACUGACCCACAAAAAGCAGCAAGUGAAGARUCCCUUUCCCUAUGAGGUCUAUGCCUGGCCAACUUGCAAAAAACCUCCAGCUUUCGUCACAGCACUGCCUCAGCUGCCCACUGACAGACAGAAACCUCAGGGGUCUUUCCGCGAUCACGCUGACGUGUUGUGGCAGCGCUACAAGCCUUUGGACCCAACCCUGCGAGUGGCAGAAUCGAGYGAUUCACCACCAGCCAAGGCCAAAGAGCGACCACGAAGGGGGGAAUGGAGACAUCUUAUACAUGAGAAUGAAUUUCUGCCAUUUUCUUCAUAUCAUAAGAAUGAUGAAAAGUAUGAGCCAUCACUUCAUGGGUCGGGCAAAUAUGGCCGAGAAGCUUAUGGAACUAAACAUUUCAGAGACAUGUAUCCUGAGAAGUGGAUAGCAGACAAGGACUUUGAAAGACUGCUUCCAUCGAUUGGUCUCUUUGAAAAGUUUGGAAAAGCUUACUCCAGAGCUGGGCAAAUACUGUAAUUGUCCUGGAAACUGCAAACCAUAAGAYACGUGGAAAGUGGUCAAUAAAUAUGUUUUAGCAAGUACACAGCAGCAUGUUGACUGAAUGUUCCAUAAAAUACGCUUUCUAUGAUGUAUURUACUGUGUCUGAAGUAAUGUUAAUUGAUUUUG